CUAUUCUCUAAUCUCUUUACUUACGAAAAUCCGACGCCGAAGGUGCGGCGUCCACGAGAUCAGGGCUGAUAGCCACCACACCGCUAUCGCCUUCUACUCUACUCACCACCCCGCUCGUCUCUCACCGGCACCAGCCAAACCGCUUGCGCUUGAGACAAUUGAGUUGCCAGCCUGCAAUGAGCAGCAGCGAGGAACCCCAGUCCCUGGCUUCGACGCACUCGUACCUGCCGCCGUGGAGCAGUCCGCAUGUUAUUGGAAUCGCGGGCUGCAGCGGGAGCGGCAAGACCAGUGUUGCGUCGCAGAUCCUGAAAGCGUUGAAUGUUCCCUGGGCGGUCAUUCUCUCGUUUGAUAACUUUUACAAGCCGCUGAGUCCUGCGCAGAGCAAGCGUGCCUUUGCAAAUGAGUACGACUUUGACGCUCCCGAGGCCCUCGACCUCGACUCUCUCGCAUGCGUUUUAAAGAACCUUCGACAGGGCAAGAAAGUCGAUAUCUUUACAUACUCGUUCGCGCAGCACAAUCGGACGGAUGUCACGACGCCGGUGUAUGGCGCCAACAUCAUCAUUCUGGAGGGUAUUUUUGCACUGUACGACGAGCGCAUUAACGAGAUGCUCGACUUGAAGGUCUUUGUCGACACAGAUCUCGACAUCUGCAUGGCGCGCCGCCUGCGCCGAGACAUCGUCUACCGCGGUCGUGAUCUGCAAGGUGCGAUGAAGCAAUGGAUGUCGUUCGUCAAGCCCAAUUUCGAGCGCUACGUGCGCCCGACGAUGGAGAUUGCCGACGUCGUGGUUCCGCGCGGUCUGGAUAAUACGGUCGCGAUCGAUAUGCUGAUCCGGCACGUGCAGCGUACGCUCACGGUUAAGAGUCGGCAGCAUUUGGAGCAGCUGUCGAAUUUGAACGGCGAGAUUGCGGGCCAGAACGAUGUUGACGUCUGCACUCUACCCAACGUAAGAGUGCUGAAGCAGACAAACCAGGUGCGCGGAAUUCAUACGAUCCUCUUCAACCGCGCGACCAAACGCGGUGACUUUAUCUUCUACCUCGAGCGACUGAUGGUCCUGCUCAUCGAGGAAGCCAUGAACGCCCAACCUUACAGCAUCAAAGAAGUCCCCACCCCAACCGGCGUGCCCUACACGGGUCUUUUGCCAGAGCUGAAUACGUGCGCGGUCGAGAUUGUGCGCGGCGGAACGUGCUUCGAAACCUCGCUGCGCAAGAUCCUGCCCGACACCGCGGUCGGCAAGAUCCUGAUCCAGUCCAACGCGCGCACGGGCGAGCCGUUCUUACACUACCUGAAGCUGCCGCCUGACUUUGAGAAUAAGCAGAUCCUGCUAUGCGACACGCAGGCAAUCACGGGCGCGGCGGCGGUGAUGGCCAUCCGUGUGCUGCUGGACCACGGGGCGGUGGAGAAGAAUAUCUGCUUUGUGACGUAUUUGGCGGACAAGGCGCGCGCGAUGAGGAGGAUUCUGUCUGCGUAUCCGAGAGUACAGGUCGUGGUCGGCAAGGUGGAGGAUACGUUCAAGAGACGGUUUAUAGACACAAAGUACUACGGCACUUAGCGGCACUGAGCGGGGUGAAGUGGAUCUUAGAGAUAUAGGUGAA